AUGCCUUCCACUUCUCGACCGGUGAAGGUGGCCUGUCUGGCUUGUCGAGCCUCCAAAAUUCGAUGUGACGGGCAAAAACCGUGCGUUAAUUGCACUAUCCAUCGACAAGAAUGCCGGUAUCAACCCAGUCGGCGAGGGGGUGCUCGACGGGGCCCUGUUGCCGCCGAGGAGCGGGCCAUGAAAAAGGCCCAACGACUGCAAACUGCAACCAGGGCCAAUAAUCAUGCUGUGACAAAUGAUGAGUUUACUCCGGCCCAGAUAUUGCAGAUCAAUGCAGCUACCCCGGUUUCUCUUCCAUCUCCGUCUCCGAUUGAAACCGGAUCCCGACUAUCCGAUACGCUGCAGAGAAAAGACAGCCCGGAAUUUCCGUUAUCGCCUAGAGGCCCUAGAACCGGUCAGGAGCUUCGGGGAACUGUGGGCCAUCCGACACGAAGCCUCCGUGCUUAUCGGUGUGAUCAGGAUCUGAUCAAUGCUUACUACAUCUUCAUACAUCCAUACCUCCCUCUACUACCCCCACCGGCUGUGUCCCAGUAUGUGGACAAGCCUGUGACUCUGAGCAUGCGGUCGGCCCAUGUAGAUGCAUCUCAUCUGCCUUACUGGCCGACUACCUCACUGGGCUUGGCCGUGGCAGCAAUACUGGCACUGAUACCCCUACCGGGAGAUGUGCACGCGAUAGAGAAUGAGGCUGUCACCUUGCGAUGCUCUUAUGCCGAUUAUUUUGCACGCUCAGCGCUAGAUGUAUCCGAAGAAUCUCUCCAGCCGUCUUCCAAUUCCGAUCUCACGCAGGGCCCAGGUAGCCCCUUGCAUCCGGAUAUUCCCCGGCAAAUGGAGCCGGUCCUGGCAUUAGCGCUUCUCAGCCUAUACGAAUGCUGCCAGCGAGGAAAUGUCUCCAAGAUGCGCAUCCGAGCCAAUCAGGCUUUAACCAUGGCUAUGGACUUAUCGUUACAUACGCAGAAGUCUGCAAAUAAUUGUCCCGACGCGAUCCGUCGCUGUUGGUGGUCGACGAUGUUCCUCGUUUAUCAGUCUACUAUAUUGACAGCUUCGGCACCCCUAAUCACAAGCGAUGACUUCCGCAUUACCACGCCUUAUAUAGUAAUUCGUGGCUGUCGAGAGGUGCGCAACUCUUUCCUCCUGACGUCCAUGUCUUCUAACAAGCAUCAGCCAUGGCCCUACGUCGUACAAGCACAAUCCCUCCUUCACCGUAGCUGCACCAUCACCCGCCAGCUCUUCAACGAAACCACUCACGAUCAAGGAUGUCUUCCCCGUUCUUUCCACAACGAAGUCAAUCUCCUCGACUCUUCUCUCCUCGAUAUAGCCACCGAAACAGACCGCUACCGCUGCAUAGCCAACUGCCAAGGCACGGAAGCCGACGCGGAGCGCGUGCUCUGGGCAAUAUCCCGAGUCCUAAUUCACACGGCUAGAUUGCUCCUCCAUAGAGUUCGCGCCUUCCCUGACCGUCCUGCCGAUAGCUUCACGACUACUGCCAACAACAGUACUAGCGGAACUAGCACCCCCCUCUCUCCGUCCCGAAGAGCUGAAAUCGAUGCUCUAUUUCCAUUCGAUGAGCAAGAGUCCACGCGUAUCUGCAUUCGCUCUGCGCUGUUGAUCUCUCGCGUAUUCCGUCACCUGCCUACACCGAAUCCGAUGUACUCCGAUACUCCUGCGGAUGGAGAGACCUUUGGAUUUGGAUUUGGGCUUGGACUUAGUAGUGGAGACCCGAGGCGAUCGUUGACUUCACCACGCUCUUUACCAUACAUGGCCUGGUGUGGGAUGCAGAGCUUUUAUGUACUUGCCAUGGUGCUGUGGCGCGUGCGGGCGGCCUUGUCCGCGGGUAAUUUGGGCAGUAUCUAUAACCUGCUAGAUCGGCCGACUGAGCGGACGGCGAUACAGGAUGCAGAAAGGCUCGAGGAGGAGUUACACAUGGGGAUUGAGUCGCUGAGAGUGUCAAUGAAAGCGGAUGGGGUGUAUGAGGAUGUCGGGAAGAUGGUUAGGGAGUUGGAAAGCGUGUAUGAUGCUACCAUGAUGGGGUGA